ACAAGUGUUGGCCGCACAACGCCAAAGAUUCGUUAGCUGAACGUGCAGCGUGCGCGAUCUAUUAAAUCCGAUCCGAAUCAUUCCGAGGCGAAGCUGCAACUCCUGGCAAAAAAAAAAGCAGGAAAAUCACAAAACACGGUAACUGAGUCCAUCAUAUACCCCGACCAGACAACACAUCCAAUUUGAAGCGUUACGAAUUUCGCGCCAAAACAAAAAACAAUCCAAGGAUUACGCGGAUCCAGACUGCAUCUCAGACUUGAGUUACAGUUUCUGUUUCAGUUUCAGUUUCGGUUUCGCAAUUCGGUUUCUAUCUUGGAUUGUGUCGAAUCUUCAAUUAUAUAACUAAAGUAAUAAUCGCCGUCUGGCGCUUUCGUGUGCUGUGUGCUUCUUUGGUUUAGUUCGUUGCAGCCGGCAACGCUCGAUGCAGAUGCAGAUGCAGAUGCAGCAGAUGCAACACUCGUAAUUCCAACCUCCAACUGACAAGGAAACAAACGAAUCGAAACAACAUCGGGGGAAGAAAAUAAAUCAAGUGACUGUGAAAGUACGAUCCGGUGGGAUACAGAUACAGAUAUUCAAUUACUAGUCUGCUGGUGUUGUUGCAACAAAAUGAGAAUUCACAUAUUGGUCCUGACACUCUUGUUGGGCCUCGCCUUUGCCCAGGCCGCGGAUGCGGAGGUUAAGAGUGACGGCAGCGGAAGCAGUGGCAUCAAGGCGGUGGCAGACAGCAAAAGCUCCGCCUCCACACCGCUCGAAUCGGAGGCGACCAAAGACAAGCGACAGGUGAGUGGCAAGGAGACGCCCCUCUAUCCGAACCACCGCAGUUCCGAGGCUUCCGGUAACGAUGAUCCUGAGGAUGGACAGGAGACGAUCUACGGCUCGAAGCCCAACCAGUUCAUCAUCCGGCCAAUUGCCCCUCAUCAGCACCAGCAGCACGAGUCGCACCAGGAGCCCCAGCUGAGGAACUUUGCUUCAGCCAACUCCCGCCCACAUGCUGCUCAGCUCCUGGAACAAAGUCAGGAGGUGAAGCACUAUGUGUAUCUGCAAGACAUUAUGCGCCAUCACCAGCCCAAGGCCCUGGUGGCCGCAGGUCAAGGCAAGGGUGUGGCCACCGCGCCCAAGAAGUCAGCCACUCCAGUGGCCGAGGAGGAGCAGGAACAGGAGCAGGAGGCGGAGCAGCGCUACACCGUUUCCAUUCAGCAGCCACAGCAGGCCCCCCGACCUCGCCAGUACCAGGGUGUGGGUCCGUAUCAACUACCAUUGCCUCUUCCAGCGCCCCAGCACCAGCCGGGCAAUCCCCAGCAGCAGCAGCAACCUCAGCAGCCCUAUCAGAUCAUUCCCGAAGAGCAGUUCCUAAAGAUCCUGGAAGAAGAGCUCCAGGCCCGAGCCUACCAUGAGCAAUUGAGGCAACAGCAGCAGCAGCAACAUCAUCAGCAGCCACAGGCUGUGCCACAUGUGGCACCCCAACCGAAGAACCUUCCCAUUCAUAGUACAGCCGCUACUCACAAGGUAUUGCAGCAGGCAGAACCCGUGCUGGGACUGGGAGGCUAUAGGGAGCGCCUUGUAGCCGAGCAGGAACUGGUGGCACCCACCUACUCCCAUCCACGCAGCGGUGGUCCCAAGUACUUGCCCCUGCCACAGGCCCAGCAAAUCGCAGAGGACGAGGAGCCCCAGCAGCAGCAGCAACCACAGCGCUUGCAACUCCACAAGCCAGUGCCUCAUCCGGGACUCCAUGGACUGCCGCCCCAGAUCGCCUACUACCAGCCGCAGAUCAGUUACAAAACACUGCCCAAUCAUCCGCUGGCCAAGUCCUCCCUGGAAAGUGAGAUCGAAAAACUUCUGGCGGCCAAUAAGCCAGGACAGGCACUGGCCUAUGUGGACAGUAGCAACGAGCAGGCAACCGUGCUCCGUCAGCCGCCACAGCCUCAGCACCCACCACCGCCCACCUCGCAUCCGGCUCUGAGGCAGCCCAAGGCCUACUUGGCCAGCACUCCCAAUUCCCUGCUGGACGCCAACAAUCAGCCAUUUGUUCCGUCGCUCUUCAAGUUCAGCAACUUCCAGCAACCGACACCCAUCUAUCCGACGCCGGAGCCCAAGCGAUUGGGUCCUGUUGUCUAUCCCACUCAACAGGCGAACCAGCCGCAACCAUCGCAGUAUUAUUACCAGGAGGCUGCUCCCACUGCGGCACCAAAGCCCAGUCCCAUUCCCAAGCAGUAUCACCGGACCAAGCACUACAAGUUGGCCUCCCCCGGCAAGGCUCUGCUCUAUGCGGAUUACGAUCGCAACCAAAGUCCCAGCCCGCCACCGCCGCCUCCAUCCCCAGCUAACUUCUAUCCCAGUCCGCCGGAUCCGAUAAAGCACGCCCAGAGAACCGGGGCCGUGACACCAACCGCUCUGCCUCUCCAUGCGGAGUAUCCCUCGCCAGCGCCAUCACAAUCGAGCAUCUACGUUUCCCAGGGAACCGGCAUAGCCACGCCUUCCAGAGCCACGCCCACCACGUCCCCGAUACCGAAGCUGAGAACCCUGGAUGAGGUCAAGCAACUGAACUUGCCACCUCCGAAUGGAAAACCCCUCACCCAGGCUGAAUUCCAGGCCUUGGUAGACGCUGGAUAUCCGGUGAAAGCUGUGCCCGUACCCGUUCCAGUCCCAUACGAGCAGUACGUUAAGGAUCACCCCGAGUACCGCAACCAUCCGCCAGUAGACUAUGCCCAUCUGAUGCGACUGGCCACAAGGCAGCUGUCCGCCCAUCAACAGCACCGAUCACUGGCUGCUCCCUCGGAGCCCUCGGUGAAGAUCCUGUCCACCCCGUCGGCGGGAGAACUGCAUCACCACCAGCAGCAGACGGCAACGGGUAUUGGUGGCGGCAGCAUCACCUAUCUGCAGCCCAUUGAGGGGCAGUCCCAUCCCCAUGCCCACGUCCAUGCGCUGCAGAAGAGGAGACCGCGCGAUGAGCAAGACACCGCAGUGGCGGGCAGCGAGCCGAAGGCGGCGGAUGCACAGGUGGAGGCGCAGCCCACAAAGACAAAUUCGCAUUGAAGGUGCCGGGAAGCAGGUUAGCCCAUGUCCUGUUUUAGUUAAAAUGUCCUUGCCUAGUUUGUAAGUAUUGUAAAAAUGUUUCAGCACUUGCGCAAUGUUAAAUUAUAAACCGAAAAAUAAAAUUAAAACUUAGAUAAAAA